CGGCGGCUUCGUGGCGGUAGCGAGGCGGAGCGAAGCGCUGUAACUUUGGAGGAACUUCUGAUUUGAACAAACCGAGAGGCGGUCUGCUGGAGUGGAGUCAGCAGCGAGAGACAACAGGAGCCAUUCGGAGGGUAGUUUUUACAUUUUAAACAUAACCUUCUAGAUGCUUCCUUUUUUAAACACCACUGAUCGCGGUAAUGGCUAAUGACUAAGCAGCAAGAGCGAGGUUUUGUUCCUGUGAGAAAAGAGGCGACAAGGUGGAAAUGAUUAAAGGAAAACCCCUGACGACAGUCACACAAGCAGAGGAAACAGAGGCACGGGAUUAAAAGACGACACAUCCUGGUCAUUGUUCAUCACAGCUGGGUAGAGAUUCCGGCCACUCGAAGUUGGGAGACUGCCAUCAUUUUUGCAAUAUGCCCAUUUCCAGCUGGUGUUUACGAGAUAUUCAACAGCUUAAAGAAGAUGGUAAAUUCUACUAAAGCCAUCAGGAUGUGCAGGCACAGAGGCAUUAAUAUUUGGCAAGAACCAAAUGUUUCUCUGAGACGGACGUUCCUUUCUUCCGUGGGUGUCAUGGUGACCCUACAUUAGACCACGACCCUACCACACCCCCGUGUCCUCUCUCUCCCCGUCAUGACCAGUCUGAAGCGUUCUCAGACGGAGCGCUCAGUGGGGGGGUCGGUGCCAGCCACCGAUGAGUUCUACACCCGACGCCUGAGACUGCCCAACGGCGGGGCACCUCCUCCCCGUAGUGAGAGUGCCCACAUCUCCUCUUCAUCCACCACUGGCACCAACCCUGGCGUCCCCAAAAUGGGCGUCAGGGCACGUGUGGCCGACUGGCCGCCGAGGAAGGACGGUGGCGGAGGAGGAGUUUGGCACAUCACUGUGGAAACAGACUCACCCAGCUCCACCAACACCACCAGUUCUUCUGGAUCUGGGUCUGGAUCUGGAAGUGGGGACAGAGAGCGACUCACAGGUGGAGGAGGGGGAGGAUCUGGAGGCGGAAGUGGCGGUUCAAGUGGAAGUGUGUCGGCCGCGUCGGCCCACAGCAACCUGUCAGCCAAGCUGGGUCACCUGAUCAGCCCGCAGGACUCGUCCAUGCUGCGCAACAUCCAAAACACACUGAAGAACAAAAUUCAGAGCAAAGGAAAGGACAAUCGGUUCCUUUCACCAGACGGCUAUCUGGGCUCUCCUCGCAAGGGCAUGAGACGCAUCCGCCAGCGGAGCAACAGCGACAUCACGAUCAGUGAACUGGACUGUGACGGCAACGAAGGCUGGUCUUUCUCAGGGUGGACCCCCAUGCACCGUGAGUACGGCAGCACUUCCUCCAUAGACAAACACGGCGCGUCUGGAGAAAGUUUCUUUGACAUGCUGAAGGGAUACCAGUCCUCAGAGGCCCCGGAUCAAAGGAGUCCAGCUCCUGAGAGGCUAACCGAGCUCCUGACUGUAGCCCCCGUUAAACAGGCCGCGCUCGACCUGCCAGAUGGUCCGGCCAAAGGAAGUCCUGCCAGUCGGCUCAAAGAACGAGAGAAGCACUUAAAAAGGAGGUCAAAGUCAGAGACCGGUGGAGAAUCCAUAUUCCGUAAGCUACGUAGCGUAAAAGUGGAGGGAGACACGUCCAGGGCCGGCUCGGACGCUGAAGAUGGAGGGAAGGGGGACGAGAGCGGCCCUCCUCCCAAACCAUGGGUGUGCCAAAAAGGCUUCGCCCAUUUUGAUGUCCAGUCCCUGAUCUUUGACCUCAAUGAGGCAGUCCACAGCCGUCACUCAGGAGGCAAACGUAAGAACACCACGACCGGUGCCUCAGCUGCUGCGGCCGCGUCCGCUUCAGCAACGUCCUCCCUGUCCUCCAAUCAGAGCGGUGCGUACGGCUCGCCCUGUGGCUCCCAGGAGGAGCUGAGUAAGGAAGGGGGAGGAGGACAUGGCACCAACCCUGCUUUGGAUCCCGGUGAUGACAAGAGCAAUGAUCUGGUGCUGAGUUGCCCCUGUUUCAGGAAUGAGAUCGGUGGAGAGGGAGAACGGAACAUCACUCCUGUCAAACAGCAGGGCAGCAUAGGUAGUGGUGGAAGUUCGAGCACGUCAUCUGGCAGCACGGAAGAAGGACCGUUGGACGCCAUCCUUAACACUCACUUCACCAACGCUGGUGUGGCCGUGCUGGAGGCCCCCAAGGACGGGCCCGGUCAGCACACCGACAGGUCCAAACGAUACAUUGUGGAACAUGUUGACCUUGGUGCCUAUUACUACAGAAAAUAUUUCUACCUCAGAGAACAUUGGAACUACCUGGGCGUAGAUGAGAACCUGGGCCCAGUGGCAGUGAGUCUUCGGAGGGAGAAGCUUGAAGAGCACAAGGAACAUGGCCAACAGUACAACUACAGGGUCAUCUUCAGAACCAGCGAGCUCAAUACUCUGAGAGGCUCCAUCCUGGAAGACGCCGUGCCUUCCACCUCCAAGCACGGCCUGGCUCGGGGUCUGCCUCUCAAGGAGGUGCUGGAGUACCUGGUGCCUGAGCUGAACGCUCACUGCCUGAGGCUGGCACUCAACACGCCAAAGGUCACCGAGCAGCUGAUGAAGCUGGACGAGCAGGGGCUCAGUUUCCAGAGGAAGGUGGGGGUGAUGUACUGCAUGGCGGGGCAGAGCAGCGAGGAGGAGAUGUACAACAACGAAUCGGCCGGUCCUGCUCUGGAGGAGUUCCUUCACCUGCUCGGGGAGAGGGUUCGGCUCAAGAACUUCACUAAGUACCGAGCUCAGCUGGACACCAAGACUGACUCCACAGGCACACACUCCCUCUACACCACAUACAAGGACUACGAGAUCAUGUUCCACGUGUCCACCAUGCUGCCAUACACACCCAACAAUAAGCAGCAGCUGCUGCGGAAGCGCCAUAUCGGGAACGACAUCGUCACCAUCGUGUUCCAAGAACCCGGGGCUCUUCCCUUCACCCCGAAGAACAUCCGCUCUCACUUCCAGCACGUGUUUGUGAUUGUGAGGGCGCACAGUCCCUGCUCUGACAACACCUCCUACAGUGUGGCUGUCACACGUUCUAAAGAUGUGCCGUCCUUUGGCCCCCCGAUCCCAGAGGGCGUGACCUUCCCCAAGUCCUCGGUGUUCCGGGACUUCCUGCUGGCCAAAGUGAUCAACGCAGAAAAUGCUGCGCACAAGUCGCACAAGUUCCGUGCCAUGGCCACUCGUACGCGACAGGAGUAUUUGCGUGACUUGGCGGAGCGUCACACCACCAGCACGCCCAUCGACCCCUCCGGGAAGUUCCCUUUCAUUUCACUGGCCCACAAGAAAAAGGAGAAGAGUCGACCUUACGCUGGAGCCGAGCUGCGAAGUCUGGGAGCGGUGACCUGGCUGGUCCACGCCGAGGAUCAUGGGACAGGAGGAGAACUGGAGGCGCUUCUGGCCAUCUCCAACGACUUCCUCAUACUGUUGGACCAGGAGGCCAAGGCCGUGCUGUUUAACUGUGCUACCAAGGACGUGAUUGGCUGGAUGCUGAGCAGCCCUGCGUCGUUACGGAUCUUUUAUGAGCGAGGAGAGAGCGUGUCUCUGAGGAGCAUCAGUAACAACACUGAGGAUUUCAAAGAAGUGGUCAAACGUCUGGAGUCACUGACUAAAGGCUGUGAAACAUCAGAGAUGACACUCCGUCGAAACGGCCUGGGGCAGCUGGGCUUCCACGUGAACUACGAAGGCAUCGUGGCUGAGGUGGAGCCGUACGGCUACGCCUGGCAGGCGGGACUGCGACAGGGAAGCCGAUUAGUUGAGAUCUGCAAAGUUGCCGUAGCAACGCUGACCCACGAGCAGAUGAUUGACCUUCUGCGUACUUCGGUGACAGUGCGCGUUGUUAUCAUACCACCUCAUGACGACGCAACUCCACGCAGAGGCUGCUCAGAGCUUUAUCGAAUGCCUGUGUCUGAUUACAAGAGCAGCAGCAGCGACAGCGGCUCCUUCGAAUACAAGUUCCCCUUCCGCAGCAACAACAACAAGUGGCAGAGGACGUCCAGUAGCCCGCAGCAGUCGCUGACCGCCUCGCCACAGCCCCACACGCCCAACCGGGCCAUCAGCCUGGGCAGCUCCGUGGGAAAGACUCUGUCUGCAGAGAGGCUGGAGCGAGGGGCGGCGAUCCCACGCAGUGUCAGCAGCGACGGCCGACCUCUGGAUCCCAAAAGGAUGUCUCCGGGCACUGAAAGCUACAGCCUGGUCUCCUCCCUGGCUUUGGGACGUUCCCCGCACAAUCGAAGCUCCCCGAGCAAUUUGUCCUGUUCCAGUGACGCCUCAGGAAGCUCCGCUCACUGGAGACAGAAGUCCAUGCCUGAGCAGUUUGCAGGAAACCGCCAUUCUCCCAUGUCCACAGAGAGACGAGAGGUGAGUGAGGGCACGUCCAGUGGAAAGUCCACUCCUAAUUGGUCAAGAAUGGAAGAAAGUGGAGCAGGAGAACGAGGGGAACGAGGAGAACGAGGGGAACGAGGGUCAACAGAGGCUCCGGUCUCCAAGUCUGGUCAAGGUUAUUCUGGAGCUCCACGGAUCCAGAGGCAAGAGCAGGUCAUCCAUAUUUCCCCAAAGAAGGGCAGCCAGGACGGCCCUUACUCCGGUCACUCCAGCAGCAACACUCUGUCCAGCACAGCUUCCAGCAGCGCUCACAGCGACAGCGAUAAGUGGUUUGAGCUGGGGGCAGGUGGGGCCUCCAGCGGCGACCAGGGUGAACCUGAGCCCAACGGCCUGGGCGGGGGAGGAUACCUCCAGGGGGCGUCCGCCGACAGCGGCAUUGACACCAGCUCGUACGGAGCCCCGCACCACGCCCACCCGCACUCCCAUCAUGGCAGCACCACCUCUCUGCUGGCUCCCAGUGGAAGCAGGGAGAGCAGGGAGCGCUCGGCUUCUCCGUGGCACAGCCCCACCGAGGGAGGCAGGAGGAUGCUGGAGAGGUCGCCCGCGGCUGCCGAGUCUCCGGGCCCUCCGGGGGAGAGGAGCCUGGACGGAACAGGCCGCAGCCCGCCUACUCAUCUCCUGGUCCGAGACAGCAGCACCUUCAGCCUGAGUGAAGCUGGAUCCCACUCCAGUUCCAGACACACGGGCCACAGCUCCCCCAGAGAAGAGUCCUCGUCUUCGGCCACCUCCCCGUCGUCCUCCGUGUCUCCCGGGCCCAAGAGCUUCUACCCCCGUCAGGGAGCUCAGUCCAAGUACCUGAUUGGCUGGAGGAAGCCGGGCUCCACCAUCAACUCUGUGGACUUUGGAGACACUCGCAAGAAGUCUCCAGGUGAGGGUGGAGGAGACGUUAUCCCAACUCCUGCGGCCAGACCUUCACUGCGAGACAUGCACUCCCCUCAGCCUCAUGCCAAGUCCACUAUUGAGGAAGACGCGAAGAGACACGUGGCCUCCGACAGCCCCCCCCCUCCACGCAGACACAAGGAGAAGCACGGUCAGAAGUCGCCGCCCAGUCAACCUCUCAGCCGCCGUCGAUCGCUGCAUCGCACCCUUUCGGACGAGAGCAUCUAUCGUGGACAGCGCCUCCCCUCUCUGAGCGACUCCGUGAUAGAAGCGAGUCUGGGUUCUGAUGUUCUCUUCAGCUGCUCCACCCUCCCACGCUCUCCCACCACCCGGGGUGUCCCCCUCAGACGACCGUCCUAUAAACUCGGUGUCAAACUCCACGACCUCUCAGCCUCAGACACUUCACUGGUUGAUUUGGUGGAGCGUCACCGCGGACCCCUCCCUCAGGAGCUGAUGCCCCUCCCCUCCUCUGACCGGGACAGUCCUCUGGAGUGGACACACCUGGUGGAUGUGGCCAGUACUUUUGAAACUGAAAGAAACCCGCACUACGGCACAGAGGACUCGUCCAGGCGCACGCUGCUGUCGGAAAACACCAGCAACACGGGAGAAAUGGCAGACGCUCGCCGGCUCUGCCAAAAGACUCUGCUCCACCAGCCGACCUUUGUGACCUUUCUGUUCUCCACCGCCGGCCUCUCCGUGUCACAGACUCACUCCUAUAGAGAGUAA